AUGUGGCGAAAUUUUCAUAUCAUCAAUCGGAAUUUUGUGCGAGGAAAGAAAAAUAAACCUAAUCUUGACGAAUAUGAGGAUGUGGGCCUUUCGACUGAAGAUCUGACACGACAAUUAAAAUUUGGGGUUCUUAACAAUCGAAAUCACGAAGCUACUUCUUUCUCUGGGGAAGUCAAAGCAAAAUGGGUCAAAGAGAAACGCGACACAAUUUACGAAAACAGAAAAUCCGGCUACACCGUGAGCGUCGAGAGGCUUCUUUGGGUAGAUGGUUAUGAAGGUUGUCCUCUAGAAGGCGAGAGCACAAUAUCUGAUCGGGAAAUGACUCUAGUGAUUCUCAAAAUUGUGAUUGCCUCUCAUAACCCAAAUGUCAAAUUCGGUUCUAUGAAGGCUUCCUUGAUGUUUGAAGAUGCGGAUUACAAGCGGCACCACGGCUUUAAUGAACCACAAGUCGAAGCCUGGGCACCAUUUCACUCGGCGGAGAGAUGGAUUGUCCGAAUGCCCUACGAAAAGGGAAUAGAAGCGAGUAUCGGAUUUGGUCUCACUGUUGGCGGUGCUUCUGUUGGUUGGGAAAAAACUAAAAGCAAGGCUUGGGAUCAGACGUUCUUCACUGAAGGGCGCUCAAACCCAGAGAUUAGCCCUGUGACUGGCUGCCGCAAUGGAGUUACGUGGGUUCUUGAGCAGAAAGGCUUGGAAAAUAGCGGCAUAUUGCAGGAAAUCUGUGUGGCGGUGCUUAUCUCAAGAGCUUCAUCAGAGCCUUACCACGUUCGGCUUCAAAUUGAUACACGACUUGGCGCCCUCGAAGAUCUCAAGAACAAAACAAGACAACUUUUUGGGCUUAAUCCAAACAUGGCCAAGCCAUUUUUGGUUUCACCAGGGAAGAAUGUCGUGUGUAACUUUGAGGGCAACGACAUCAUUAAGAGUAUUGACCUGAAGAACCUGGGGAGACUGAGGGACCAAGGGGACAGCUCUAGACUGAACUUGGAACUGGACAAUUACUACAAGAUUGAAACUUCAACACCAUUGUAG